AUGGACGUUGCUCAAAUCCCCGAUUUCGAUGACCUGCCUCCUGUGCCAGGAAUGCCGAAAGGAUGCGCAUGGGGUGUAUUCGAUAGGGCCGGAGAAGAGAGAGACCUUCUCGGAACACUGAACUUUCUUACGCCUUCAGUGAAAGCCGCCGCUUUCGCUGAAGCACGAGAUGGGGUCUCAAUCUCACUCAAUUGGCCGCUCAAUGCUCAACAGUUCCCGACAGGCCGUGCCGCGCCCCAGCACCGAGUCAAUACUUUGCAGGAAGCGGGCCUCAUCAAGUCUGGCCUGGGUUGGGACGACGAAGUCAGCUUCAAUACACAGAUUAGCAGUCAGUGGGAUAGCCUCGCUCACUGGCCCCAUCAAGGCUCUGGAAAAGGAUACAACGGGGUCCGUAUAACUCAUGCUGGACUGACGGUAGGAGCGACAAGCAAUAACCAUAUGCCGACAUUGGACCACUGGCAUCGCGUUGGUGGACUUGUAGCCCGUGGAGUAUUGAUCGACUACAAGAGGUGGUUUGAAACAAACAGCAAAGGUUCUGAGACUAUAUUUGACCCGCUAGAUCUACAUCGUAUCACAGUCAUAGAUAUCGAGUCGAUAGCCGCAGCGCAGAAGGUUGAUUUCCGACCGGGUGACGUGCUCAUCAUCCGGACAGGCAUGACCGAGGUGCUGGAGGGGCAGCUGCGUUCCGAAGAUAUCGCCAAACUGAAGUUGAUACAGUGCCCUGGAAUGCACGGCAGUCUGGAGUCAGUUCGCUGGCUUUGGAACCGCCGUAUUGCGGCCGUAGCCAGUGACUCAUGGGGAUUUGAGGCAUUACCGGCAGUGAAAGAGGAAAUCGGGUCUUCUGACGGCCUUGGCGAAGACUCUGUGUUACAUCCAUGGCUAUUGUCUAUGUUUGGGAUGCCUAUUGGAGAGUUGUGGGACCUAAAGGAGCUUUCUGUUCAUUGCUUAAAGACGGGAAGAUAUAGCUUUCUUCUUAGCUCAGUGCCUCUUAACUUACCAGGGCUUGUGGCUUCUCCUCCAAAUGCAAUAGCUAUGUUUUAG